AUCUGAUCCAGUCAACACCUCUUUGGCAUAAUAUUAACUUAAAAAAAAAAAGUGGAAAGUGAAGUUUAACUAAUAAAAAGUGAAUUGUGCAAACUCAUACCAAGUGCGAGCUUAACUCCAGCAUUGGCAACUGCACUAGCUAGGCCCUAAAAGACCCUAGAACUUCAAGCUAAGACCCUUUAGUGUCGACGUCCAGCGAAAAGCACACGACGAGUUUUCUCUCCUUUUUAUUAAAAGCCUACCUUAUUAUCCUAAACCAUGUCCGACUGGGAGACUGAGCCCUCUGCCCCUACUAGUGGCCGCCGCAGCGGUGGUGGUGGCGAGUGGGAUGACAAGCCCAAGGCCAUGCCGCCCAAGGAGGUGUCCGAGUGGAGCGACGAGGAUGACCAGGCCCAGAGCCGUGGCAGUGGAGGCGGACGAGACGGACGAGAUGGUGGCGGCUAUCAUCGAGGCAGUGGUGAUGGCAUGUAUCGCCGUAGCGCUGGCGAUGAGGAUGGCGAGGGAGGUGGCUACCGUGGAGGUCGUCGCGAAGGAGGCGGAGGCUAUCGUGGACGUCGGGAUGACGACGACGGAGAGGAGCGUCGUGGUGGUCGCGGCGGAGGUGGCGGCUACAACCGCGAACGUGGCGAGCGCGGAGGAGAGCGCGGUGAACGUGGUGGAGAACGCGGAGGAGAACGUCGGGACCGUGGAGAAGGCGGUGGCUACGAGAGACGUCGUCGCAACGAGGAUGACGACUUGAACAACAACAACGAGUAUGGAGAUGAUGGCGACAAGAAGCGCGAGUUCUACAUUCCGCCCGAGCCCACCAACGACGAGACUGAGAUCUUUAGCAGCGGAAUCACUUCCGGCAUAAAUUUCUCCAAAUACGACAACAUUCCCGUCAAGGUGAGCGGGGAGAAUGUGCCCAAGCCCAUUAAGAAGUUCGAGGAUGCUGGCCUCCGAACCAUCGUAACUGAGAACGUCAUCAAGUCUGGCUACAAGGUGCCGACUCCCAUCCAGAAGGUCUCCAUUCCGGUCAUCAACGAGGGACGCGACAUGAUGGCCUGCGCCCAGACUGGGUCUGGCAAGACGGCUGCCUUUUUGCUGCCCAUACUGAGCAAGUUGCUGGAGGACCCCCAGGACCUGGAGAUUGGCAAGCCCCAGGCUGUGGUGGUGUCUCCCACUCGUGAGCUGGCGAUCCAGAUCUUUAAUGAGGCGCGGAAGUUUGGCUUCGAGUCGUACCUGAAGAUCAGUAUCGUGUACGGUGGCACCUCAUUCAAGCACCAGAACGAGUGCAUCACCAAGGGCUGCCAUGUGCUCAUCGCCACUCCUGGCCGUCUCUUGGACUUCGUUGACCGAACUUUCAUCACCUUCAACGAUACUCGUUUCGUUGUGCUCGAUGAGGCCGAUCGCAUGCUCGACAUGGGGUUCUCGGAGAGCAUGCGGAAGAUCAUGACUCACCGGACCAUGCGAUCGGAGCACCAGACCCUCAUGUUCUCGGCCACCUUCCCGGAGGAGAUCCAGCGCCUUGCCGGAGAAUUCCUCAACAAUUAUGUGUUUGUCACCAUCGGCGUGGUGGGAGGAGCCUGCUCGGAUGUCCAGCAGACCAUCUACGAGGUGAACAAGUUCAACAAGCGCUCCAAGCUGAUGGAAAUUCUGCGAGAGGAUGCCAACGGCACCAUUGUUUUUGUGGAAACCAAGCGAGGCGCCGACUUCUUGGCUUCGUUCUUGUCGGAGACCGAGUUCCCUACGACUUCCAUCCACGGCGACCGUCUCCAGAGUCAACGCGAGCAGGCCUUGCGCGACUUCAAGACUGGAAAGAUGAAGGUUCUCAUCGCCACCUCGGUUGCCGCCCGUGGCUUGGAUAUCAAGAAUGUCAAGCAUGUGGUUAACUUUGAUAUGCCCAACAACAUUGCCGACUACGUACACCGCAUUGGACGCACUGGCCGCGUCGGAAAUAACGGCCGCGCUACUUCCUUCUUCGAUGUUGAUCAAGAUCGCUCAUUAGCAGGGGAUCUAAUUAAUACAUUGGAGGGGUCAGGUCAAGAAGUUCCUGAUUUCCUCCGAAUGUUGGGCGGCGGCGGCGGCGGUGGCGGCUACUUGGAGUCCAAGUUUGGCGGCCUGGACGUUCGUGGUGGUGCCAAGAACACCAUUACUUCCAACGAGGACGAACAGGACUGGGACUAAGUGGUUGAGGUCUUGUCAUGAACUUUUCAACCAUGGAACAUUGGGUCGACCUAGUGGUUUAAGUUAGAUUUCUUAAGGCGUAUAUGUAUAGAGUAUAUAUACAGCGGUCUCUUUACUCAAAUGCAAUUACAAAUAUUGCAUAUUACAUUUUAAACACAUUGUACGACGUUUAAAAUAAUAGAAUAAACCGAGAAACAUUCCCACCCCGGCAGUAGUGCUUUGAAAA